AUGCCUGUAGAUCCACCAGCUAGAAAUCAAGCAUUCAGCAAUUGUCAAUUGGGCUGGCAAAGGCAGAUAGCGUUGGUGGCAGCUUCUAAUGCUGAGACUAUUCAAAACAAUCCAUUGAACCCCCCACCUGGGCCCAGCCAUGCAGCUUUGGCUCAGAGGGCAAGGCAAGAAAGGGAGCGUGCACAGAGGGAAGCAGCUGCUCAGGCAGUGCAAGCCAGCAGGUUCAAGCCUCCACAUGUAGCCCUAAUCCUGGAGGAACCACCACAUGCCCCAUUGGACCCACCUCAAAUCCUAGGAAAUCAGCAUGUACCUGUGAAUAUUGAGGACAAUCAAAACCUUGACACAAUAACAUUGGACAGGGGGACAUGCAUGCCUACCCACAGGGCUCCAGAGGGUCAGCAGCCUCAAUAUGCCCAACUCUAUCUUUAUGAUCCACAUGAUGCUGCUAAUUUCUGCACAAGGAACCAGCAUAAUGCUGGAAUUGACCCAGGAUUGAUGUGCUUGCUCACUGGGGUGAUUCAUGAGUCACAUGAACUGUGUCCAUUGUUCUUUGCCAGCAGUGGAACACUGACCCAAGGAGAUACAAUCCCAACCAGUGAUGAGAUUGCUCUGAUCUUGGCUGAUAAUGCUUUGAACCAGCAGCAUGAUAUUGUGCUGUUCAAGCAUGAUGGAGGCUUUCAAAGGAUGAGCUCAUGGAACCCUGCAUAUGCAUGUCUGCAUUAUGUUCUACUUUUUCCUAAGGGUGAACAUGGGUUCCAGAGACACAUACCCAUUCAAGGCUGGCAAUGGCAGCCUGGCUUGCACCCUCAAGCAGCUCAAAGAGUUGCUCAAUUGGAUGUAGAAGGGCAUGAGCCAGAUGAUGAUGAGGAGGAUAAUGGCCCAGCUGGCAAUCAACGGCAGAGAAGAAUUGUUGUAUCAGAAAGAGAGUAUUAUGCCUAUUAUCUGUUCAGCUGUGAGGAUCCAGAUGUUCAAACCCACUAUCCUGGUGCCAAUGGAACCUUUUCAACCAUCUUCUGGGCUGGACAUUUAUUCCAACAGUACCUGGUGGAUGUCUGGGCCAUUGCUGAUCAGAGUAGACUACUUGGCUACACAACAACCAAUCUUCACUCAGAGUGGAGUUGUUGGCUGUUAUUUCUCCCAUCUUCUUACUAUGGUGGCCCACAACAGAUGGCUGAGAGCUAUCAGGAUGCCAUGGCUAUAUCCUGCUACCUUGGUGGGCCACAGCUGUUCAUCACAAUGACAGCUAAUCCAAAGUGGCCAGAGAUACAUAGUGCUCUGCUGCCAGGUCAGACUUAUUCUGACAGGCCAGAUCUCAUUACCUGGGUCUUUGAGCUGAAACGCCGCCAGUUAAUGGAGGAUAUCAUCAAAAAGGGAUUUUGGGAAAUGCAUUGCACAUUAUGGUUGGAGCAUGCAUCUCACAUCCUGGAGCCUGGUGAUGUAGAGCUUAUUUGUGCUGAGCUUCCAAUUGCAGAAGGCCCAGGUGCAGACCCUGCCCUAUAUUCAGUAGUCACUUCUUCCAUGUUGCAUGGCCCAUGUGGUCCUGAUCAUUCUGAUGCUCCAUGCUGGGACAAAGACAAAAAGGCCUGUACAAAGGGUUAUUAUCCCUUGAAGCAAUGGAAUGCACAGACUAUUAUGGUUGCUGACUCAUACCCCUCUACUGGUGUAGGGACAACGGUCAAACUUUCAGAAAGGUUAUUAGUGGGGUUGAAAUUACCUUUGAUAAUAGACAUGUUGUUCCCUACAAUCCAUUCCUGUCCAAAAGGUACACUUGCCAUAUCAAUGUGGAGACAUGCUCUGGGAUUAGGGCAAUCAAAUAUGUCUUCAAGGGAUGCACAGCAAGAUCAAAAUCUAGAUGAGAUCAGGACACAUCUGGAUGCAUGCUGGGUAUCCCCCUAUGAAGCACUUUGGCAGCUUUGA